AUGGUCCCGAAACUCACUCACACGAUCCUCGCAUCCUCAUGGCUCCUUUCUGCAACGGCCCGGGCACAUGCAGCGCCAAAUCGCCCAAACAUUGUCUUCAUCCUGACAGACGACCAAGACAACCACAUGGGAUCAUUGGAUUACAUGCCAUCCCUGCAAGAGCAUCUGAUCCAACAAGGCACCACGUUUGAGAGGCAUUAUUGUUCUACUGCUAUAUGCUGUCCCUCGCGCGUCACCCUCUGGACAGGCCAGCUCGCUCAUAAUACCAAUGUUACCAAUGUGAAUCCACCAUGGGGAGGAUACCCCAAGUUUGUCCAGAAUGGCUACAACGACCACCAUCUGGCCCUCUGGCUGCAGCAAUCUGGCUACAACACCUACUACGCCGGCAAGCUCUUCAACUCCCAUACCGUCCACAAUUACGACUCGCCUCCAGUGAGCGGAUACACUCAGUCAAACUUCUUUCUUGACCCCUUCACGUAUCAGUACUACAAUGUCAGCACCACGAGGAACGGGGCGCCGCCAACCAACCCUGUCGGCAAGUACUCGACCGAUAUUUUGGCUGAAAGUGCCCAAGAGUUCCUCCAGCAUGCGCUCGAGGAUGAAAGCUCGCCCUUCUUCAUCACGCUUGCACCCAUCGCUCCUCAUGCUCUCGUGGGAGAAGGUUCGGUGGGAGCCUUUGACCCCCCACAAGUUGCAGAGCGACAUCAAGGCCUGUUUCCAGAGUACAAAAUUCCCCGGACACCAAACUUCAAUCCUGACUCUCCAAGCGGCGUCAACUGGGUAUCAAAUCUUCCCAAGCUUGAUGAUGAGGUCGUUGACUAUAAUGACGAGUAUCAGAGGCUGCGCCUACGGUCUCUCCAGGCAGUAGACGAAAUUGUUGGAUCCGUUGUUGCUCGCCUUGAAGAGGCGGGCGUGUUGGACAAUACCUUUAUCUUUUACACCUCUGACAAUGGCUAUCACAUUGGCCAACAUCGACUGCACCCCGGCAAGACAUGCGGCUUCGAGACGGAUAUCAAUGUCCCUCUUAUUGUCCGUGGCCCCGGAAUCCCUGCUCAGAAAGUCACCCGUGUUCCCUCUUCGCACACGGAUCUCGCGCCGACCAUACUGCAAAUAGCUGGCAUCGAGAUUGACGACAAGAAGUUUGAUGGUUCACCCAUUGAUCUCCAUGGAAUCGGCGGCGAGCCUCGUUCGGAGCACGUUGCCGUCGAAUUCUGGGGAUAUGGGCUUGCAGAGAGCAUCUUUGGGAGGAAGGAUGGUCCGCCCGUCUACCCCAACAACUCUUACAAGGGGCUUCGCAUCGAAGCAGAAGAUUAUGGCUUUUACUAUUCGGUUUGGUGCAGCAACGAACGGGAACUCUAUGAUAUGAAGGCAAGCCACAUUCACUCCCAGACUCUAGAGAGAGGAAAAAGCCUAAUCGAUGCAACUGUUACUAUCAACGGCAAACAGUGGCCUCUCGAAAAGGUCGUCGACCGACUGGAUGCCCUGAUGAUGGUUCUCAAAUCCUGCAAGCAGCAAACUUGCAUUCAUCCCUGGAGAAGCCUCCAUCCGUCUGAAAAUGUCCAGAGCCUCAGUGAUGCGCUGGCCACCGAAUAUGAUGAGUUCUACAGAGGGCAGGUGAAAGUGAGCUUCACCAAGUGCGAGAGCGGAUACAUUCUCGAGUCGGAAGGACCUCAGGCAGUUCACGCGUAUCAAGACAUGAGGGACUACAGCCCUGACGAUGAGAUUUACGAUCCGCUGAAACAACAGGUUUUGGUCAAUCCCAAUUGGAGCCUCUGGGAAUAA